CGGGGCUGGCACCGGGACACACCGAGCGUGACGCGCUCUCGGUGCCCGCACUCAUGGCGGUGGCACCGGUACAGUGGUGGCACCGGUAAGGUGACGGUGUCAGCGAUGCGUGCGUGUCGGGAUGCGGCCGGGGCCGUUCUCUGCGCUCCCCCGCCAUUCCCAGGAUUUCCAGCCCCAUCUCCCGCCGGGGAUCUUCCCGAGCGGGGCCUCCGGGGCGCACAGACCCGGCCCCUCGGGCUCCCCGCGGGGUGACCGGAGUCCUGGAUGCCGUGAGCGCUUACGGUGCCUCCCGUCAAGGUGUGGGGACACUCUGGGGACAGCCCUGCCCCGCGGCGUGUCGCAGCCGCGCUGUCCCGGCCGGAGAUGCGAGCGUGUCCCGCACCCACCCCGGCUCUCCCGGCUCGGCUCAUCCCGCGGCAUUAAUAUUUCAGGAGCAGGGGGGAGGGCUCCGCUCUGCACAUGCUCCCGCCGCCGUACCGAGUUAUUUAGGUUAGCGGGAGCCGAGCGCGGCGGGGGGAUUUGGGCGGGCGGGCGCUCGCUGUGCGCCCCGAGCAGCUCCCGGUGCGUGAAGGGCCGGUUUGCCUCGCCGCAAAGGGCCGGGACGAGCUCUGCCGCCGCGAAACGGGGAAGGGUGCCGGGGCCGCAGCCGAGCGGCCGGGGGGGGCUGCGCCGUGGGACCGGGCCCGGACGACCUCUGCGUGCGCCCCGGCAGCGCCGCGGGACGGGCACGGACGCACGCCCGGGGCUUCGGUCGCCGUGGGGCCGUGAUUAG